AUGCUUGGCCCGUGCUGCAUGUGGCGCUCCUGUAUCAUCUCGCGAGAGUUCCAAGACAGUCAAAAUGACAGCAACCUUUGCAUGUGGCAUACGUCUGUCCAGCGCUAUCUCGAAGCUGACGAAUGGAGGCAAUACACACCGAACGAAUGCCGUGUGAAAGAAGAAAGGUUUAUAGUGGAAACCGAGGCGCUUGUCGAAAGGACAAAGCGCGUGAUUCUGGUAUCUAGCUCCCUUUUAGAGGAGCUGUCAACAAGACACUUGCCGCAAUCUAUCGAGGCAUUCUACGAGCACGUCAUCAAUACCUCAUCCAACCAUGUGUAUCAGACAGAGGAAUCUCACCGAGAGCUACGGCGCUUGGUACAUGUUUCCGAAGAAAUACUGGAUACCGAGAAUUGUGCAACCAGAGAACUCAAGCAACUUCUUCAACUGACGGUCUAUCCUGGCGUCGCGGAUUCCUACAUUCAACAUGACUUCUUUGACGUGGGAGAGCUUCAGAGUGAUAUCCGGACUCGCGAUCUCGAGCUACGUCUGCGACUGGGCCGACAGAAACUGCAGAUCCUGAUGCGCCGACGAAAAGAUGAAGAAAUCCAAGUCGUGUCAUCCACACCCUUGCCGGGUAUGAACUUUCACGCAGCACCAAGGCAAGCAGGGUUGAACAACCCUGAGAUCGGGCCAUCAGUAUACGACGUCAUUCAUGUUAUGCGCAAGGGUCGUCAGUCAUUGCUGCGGCAACAACGCCGCCACGGACACGAAAGUAGUCACGAAUCCAAGCGAUACGCUCAACUGACAAGGUGA